UUUUAGACAGAAAACUUGAUUCCGAGUUGGCGACACUGCCUCCAUCUUUUUUUUCGCGAUGCCUCCUAAGAAGCAGCCUGAGAAAUCCGGAUCCACCGCUGGGUCUAAACCUGCGGAGAAGAAGCCAACUACGGCUAAAACUCCAGCCGCAGCACCUAAAGUCGCUUCUGCUAGUGCCUCGAAACCGGCAUCAGCUAAAACUCCAGCUCCGGCUCCUAAAGCUGCAGCACCAAAAUCGGCACCUGCUGCUAAACCAGCAACAGCGAAACCUGCUCCGUCUAAACCAGCCUCAGCUCCAGCUGCCAAGCCUGCUGAGAAAAAGUCUACGACUACUCCUACUGCAAAACCUGGAUCCGCCAAGGCUGCUGCUCUCAAAGUUAAAUCGAGUGCUAAGCCUUCGGUUAAGAAAGCUGCAUCAGCUGCAAAACCCAAGCCCAAGCCUGCAGCCACAAAGUUGAAGAUUGCACCAAAACCUAAAAAGACCGGUAUUAAGGGACAAAAGAAGCAGGUUGUAAAACCUGUUGCUAAGGCUCUGAAGGCUCAGAGAAAGGUUGUUAAAGGAGAACAUGGCAAGCGUAUCCGUAAAAUCAGGACUUCUGUCCAUUUCCGUAGACCCAAGACCUUUGAACCUCCAAGGCACCCUAAAUAUCCAAGAAAGUCUUUGCCUAAGAGGAAUCGUAUGGAUGCAUAUAAUAUAAUAAAGUAUCCAUUAACAUCUGAAGCGGCUAUGAAGAAAAUUGAGGACAACAAUACUUUGGUAUUUAUCGUCCACACAAGUUCUAAUAAGCACCAUAUAAAGGCAGCAGUUAAGAAACUGUAUGACAUUAAUGUUGCUAAAGUUAACACCCUCAUCAGGCCCGAUGGUAAGAAGAAGGCGUAUGUACGGCUUGCGAGGGAUCAUGACGCAUUAGAUGUUGCCAACAAAAUCGGCAUCAUAUAAACAGAUGCUGUAUUAUAUUUUAUAAGAAUAAAAAAUCUUAAAUCUUAAAAA